ACCCUCCCUCUCUCUCCCCAAGUCCUAUCUGUCACUGCCCAGCUCCGAGAUUGAAUCCCGUCCGACAGCGUCCAGCUUCAUGGGUUGCGCUAUAGUCUACGAUGAAGAAUGAAAUAGAAAUUAGAGGAUAAAACAAACCUAUUUAUCUGUUAAAAUAGUAUAGUAUUCGCGUCUUCCAAAAACCCUUGUAAUGUCAGCAACAAGGAAUUGGAGAGUGAGACAAUGUUGCAGGUGAGAAUCCGUGUUUAUGACCCAGUUGUUGGAUAUCUCCGAUGACGGUUGUUUAUCGCCGGCAGAGAAGCUUAUUUGCUGCUUCAUUAAACUCUCAAUUUUCCUGCUGGAACAUAUCGAAGCUACGGAAAACUAAAAUGUUGCAGAACAGUGUAUUACAGACAUACCAUAAUGUUUCUUUAAAAAACCCAGCAGCUGAUAUGUCUGGGUCUUUAUGUUUCGUUGGAUUUGGAAAUGUCAGACUCUACUCCAUUGGAAGGAACCCACAACAAGCCCUUUCUCUUAUCGCUGAACGAACCUCUCGUGCUGCAAGUAGCCUUGUUUGUAGGUCCAAACCUCUUAUUUCCAUGAAUGCAUUUGAUUAUGGUUCACUUCAAGGUAGAAUCAAGUUGAGUUCAUAUUACCAGACUGCUUCACUUAAGAGACCUUUUUCCACUAAAGCCGACACAAAUAGAAAUGACGAUAGUUUUAUAAGAAGUGGGAGUACUUCAGCUUUGGGCAAGUUGAGUGUAGCCUGGAAUAGAGGGAAGAACAUUUCCAAGGCUGGAGUAUCAGCAAGUAAGGACUCUGAUGCAUCACAACCAUCUGAAGACGUGAAGGAAGCUGCUUCCUCAAGUUCAUUGUUGGGCAAUGCUAACAAUGUCCAAAAGUCUCCUAGGAAAAAGAAGCAGCCAUCGAUAAGAAAAAAAAAGGAGGAUGAGUUGACUGGUUCUAGUACAAAUGGAGCUUCUCAACCAAUCCAAGAUACUAAUGUUACUUCAGAGGAAAACAUCGGAAGUAUUAACAAGGAGGAGCUUAUUAACAGUUUGCCUUUAGUGAAGAGUCCAGCCAAAAGAAAAACUGCCAAGUCUAGCAAGAAGGCAAAACCUGAAAAAGUAGGUAAGGUUGAAGCAUCUCCAGUUUUAGUUGUGGAUAAACUAGAUCUUAAACCAGAAAGCCGAAUCAAGAGUAAAUCGAAGGUUCUGGUUAAAAAGGAAUUUAAGUCCCUGUACCCUCCUUCUGGGAAAUCAGUUCUUGUCGUGGAGUCUUUGACAAAGGCAAAAGUUAUUCAGAAGUAUCUGGGUGACAUGUUUGAAGUUUUACCUAGCUAUGGACAUGUCAGAGAUCUCGCUGCAAGAUCUGGAUCUGUUCGGCCCGAUGAUGAUUUCAGUAUGGUGUGGGAAGUUCCUUCUACUGCCUGGACACAUCUAAAGAGUAUCAAGAUCGCACUAAACGGUGCUGAAAACCUUAUCCUUGCGUCAGAUCCAGACAGGGAAGGAGAAGCUAUAGCAUGGCAUAUCAUUGAGAUGCUGCAACAACAAGGGGCAUUGCACGAUGACAUAACAGUUGCAAGGGUUGUAUUUAAUGAAGUAACAGAGGCAUCAAUCAAAAAUGCUUUGCAAACUCCUAGAGUAAUCGACGUGAACUUGGUUCAAGCUUAUUUAGCACGGAGAGCUCUUGACUAUUUGAUUGGAUUCAAUAUUUCACCAUUGUUAUGGAGGAAAUUACCUGGUUGCCAGUCAGCUGGCCGUGUCCAAUCUGCUGCUUUGUCUCUCAUAUGUGACAGAGAAAUGGAAAUCGAUGCAUUUGAACCACGUGAAUACUGGACUGUAGAGGUCCAGUUUAACAAGAAGAACGAAGAUAAUAAAUAUGCCUUCUUAUCCUCUUUGACUCAUGUUGGUUCGGAAAAGGUAAGCCAACUCUCUAUUAGCUCUCGAGAACAAGCAAACGACAUUGAAAAUAACAUAAAUUCAUCCGAAUUUGAAGUUCUCGGUUCCAAAAGAAGCAAGGUGAAGAGGAACCCUCCGACACCAUUUAUAACAUCAUCACUUCAACAAGACGCUGCUAACAAGCUACAUUUUUCAGCCAUGUACACAAUGAAACUUGCUCAGAAACUAUACGAAGGUGUUCAAUUAUCAGAUGCCAGUACAACAGGAUUGAUAACAUACAUGAGAACAGAUGGAUUACACAUUUCAGAUGAAGCUGCUAAGGAUAUUCGUUCCUUUGUCAUUGAAAGGUAUGGAGGGGAAUACACACCCGAUACUGCUCGUACGUAUUUUAAAAAGAUAAAAAACGCUCAAGAGGCUCAUGAGGCUAUUAGACCCACAAAUAUUCGGAGAUUACCUUCUUCACUCGAGGGAAUCCUCGAUGAAGAUGCGUUGAAGUUAUAUGCUCUUAUAUGGGUUCGGACAAUGGCAUGCCAAAUGGAACCUGUUAAGAUAGAUCAGAUACAAUUAGAUAUCAGGAGUAUAGACCAGUCAGUUGCGUUUAGAUCCACCUGCUCGACAGUUGAUUUUUUCGGUUACCAGACUGUUUACAGGGAUAUGGAAGCCAAAAUGCUAAACUACACUGAUAAUGAAGACGAUGAGCGUAAAGAGCUUUUCAAGCUUCUUUGUGAUCUAAACUCUGGAGAUACAUUAUGUGCUACAAAGGUGAAACUUAGUGAGCACCAUACACAACCUCCAUCACGCUUUUCUGAAGCUUCAUUAGUAAAGAAGCUGGAAGAACUUGGUAUUGGAAGGCCUUCAACUUAUGCUUCUACACUGAAAGUUUUACAAGAUAGACAUUAUGUCCAAGUAAAGAGUAGAGUAUUAUAUCCAGAGUUUCGUGGACGAAUGGUCUCGGCAUUCCUCUCUCACCAUUUCUCUGAGGUUACUGAUUAUUCUUUUACCGCUGACAUGGAAACCGAGCUUGAUAAUGUUUCUGCUGGACUGACGGAAUGGAAGGGGUUACUUAGAGAUUAUUGGACAAGAUUUAGUGAGUACUGUGAACUUACUGCUAGUGUUCAUAUCCAUCAAGUGGAAAAAAUGCUGGAGAAAACAUUUGGGGAUUUCUUAUUUGCUUCACUACCUGGCAAAAGCAGAACGUGCCCAAUUUGUCUGGAAGGGACUCUCAUUUUCAAAGUUAGUAGGUUUGGAGCUGGAUAUUUUAUAGGCUGUAAUCAACAUCCAAAGUGCAAGUAUAUUGCCAAGACAUUAUAUGGUGAGGAUGAAGAAGAUGAUACUCCUGAUAAUAAGGCUGUUGAUGUGCCCAAAAUACUUGGUCUUCAUACCAUUUCUGGGGAAAAGAUCCUAUUGAAGACUGGCCCUUACGGUUCCUAUGUUCAACUUGGCGAAGAUAGAAAAGGAUACUUGCCAAAACGAGCAUCUCUUUCCCAAGUAAAAAAUGUGAAAUCUAUUACACUUGAAGAUGCGUUGGAGUUGCUGAAAUAUCCAAUAACAUUGGGAAAUCAUCCGGGCGAUAACCAUCCGGUUGUGAUAAGGCUUGGGAAGAGCGGAUUUACUAUCAGACACAGAAGUUCAUUUGCACCUCUGUCCAAGAAUGCAAAUCCAACCGAAAUAACCCUGGAGAAGGCGUUGAAGCUUUUACAAGGAAAAGAUGUAAAGCGAUGUGGUCGACCUAAGAGAGCAGCACCUAAACCUGAAGAAGCCAUGGAGGAUUCUUCUUUGUAGAUUUAAGUCACAUCAGUUCCAUUUUUAUUAAAGUUUUUUUCUCAAUAUUUCUGCAAACAAGUUAGUUGAUCAAAAGGCCUCAUUCAACUUAGAGGAUAGGGUGACACAAACUCUGUUUUCAGAGGAAAAUUGUAACCAUAGAAGCAUCUAUAAAUCAAUUUUGUUGUGAUUUGUAGGCUAGCGGCACUAUUUGUUUCUACAUUAGACUCAGAAUCCAAAAUAAAAUCAUUUUUCAUA